UCCAACCUGACCUGGCGAGAUGCCCAGCAUCUUCUGCCCUGGUCUGCCCGACUGCCGAAUCCACAUGAUCCGGUCUGGCAGGUGAAUGGCGCCGGUCUUCUCGUAUCGCCACAGUUCGGCUACGGUCUGCUCGACUGUUCUCGUCUCGUCCGACUGGCGCUGGCCUGGCGGUCUGUCGGUCCACUCUGUCAAGCCGAGCGGACCUGGCUUGCGACUGGCGGGCCGAUGGUCGCCACGAAAUCCGGCCUCGUGGAUCUCUCCACGGAACAAAUGGACAGUCUGUUCACUCGACAGGCGGACACUUCAGGCAAUGAAGCACUGCGAAAUAACAUCAAAGCCGGAAGGAGCUACGCCGAAGGACGAUCUGCACUGCUGCACCAAGCCGAAAAGGAUCUCGCCCUCAUCGACGGUCUGUACGUCAGUUUGUCGGCCUCGAUUCGCCCCGCUUGUCCGAAUCGCAUUCAUUACGAAUCUCAGUUCUAG